AUGACAUCUCAGCUGAAUUUAACCCACGAAGAACGUUUGCGUGAUCUUAGUGAUCAGAAAGCUAUGACGCUGUUGCCUGCCAUUUUGUUUGUUGGGAUACUAAUGGUGAUGGGUUUGCUUGGCAAUGGUCUGGUGUGUUUUAUUUUCGCGAGACGGCUGAAAGCAGGAACUCAGAAUAUCAUGAUUUUGUGCUUAGCUGCUUCAGAUUUGCUUAUUUGUUCCAUAGGAAUGCCCACAGAGAUAGCUGAUAUGCGCUUCCAUUAUACCUUUGAGUCUGAGUUUGCUUGCAAAUUGUUCAGAUUCGUCAAUAGCCUGUGUUCUCUGUGGUCAAUUCUAACACUAGUUGCCAUAGCUGUAGAUCGCUAUAUCAAAGUGUGUCGACCCUUUGGACGGCAAAUGACCAUUCGGGAGGCUAAAACGACAGUACUGAUAUCUUUGACGAUAGCUAUUCUGGUAUCCUGGCCGACUAUCUUUAUUUAUGGUACGCGUUCCGCAGAUACCAAAAUACUUGGGUUAUUUGGGAAAGAUUGUUCCACAAGUGAUGCAAUGAAAGGAACCAGUUAUCCUUUAAUCUUCAACUCCAUUCUUUUUGUGGGCUUCGUUUCAUUUACCAUUGUGUUCAUUGUACUAUAUGCUAAAAUCUAUAGGAAGGUGAAAAGACAAAAAGAGAUCAUGGACAAAGCUCGUACAACGGUAGCAUUUACUGUGAAGUUCUCAACUCUAGAGACGGUCGGGACAUCUGCAACUUCUACGCAAUCGGAUAAGCCAAACGAGAUUUCCCCGACUACAUCAAUGCAAACUGAUGAUCCAUGGAUAAAGCCAAGUGCAUCUUCGGGUAACUCGGGGGAAGUUAACAGAGAUUCUGUCGAAAACCGGGCAGAUCACCGCAAUUCAGUUAUAAGUGACGAUGAACCUACUGACACUACUCUUAUGGAAAUGGACAGUCAUGGAACGGCUGAUCUCCGAAAAAGCAUAUCGUCCGUUCGUCCCAAAACCAAUGACUUGCGUGGAGCUGAUAGAGGCGCUAAGGGUAAACUUGGAGAAGAAAAUCGCACAACUGUAAUUGUUUUUCUGGUGACCAUCGUGUUCGUGCUGAGUUAUCUACCAUAUCUAGCGAUGACUUUUUCCAGUAUCUUCAACAAAGGGUUUGAUCACCAUCUCCGUGGAUCUUCUCUUGCAGCUUAUAACCUGUUCUUACGGUCCUAUUUUGUGAACUCUGCCGUUAAUCCAAUUAUUUAUGGUUUUCUGAACCCACAGUUCAGUCGAGCAGUGGCGGCUAUGUUCAAAAGUCCGACUUGUUGUAGACCAAGCAGAAUUUAUGAUUGCAGUUAAAGUAAAUAUCG